UGGGCUCUGCUCUGUUCACAAAUCAUAUACAAAACAAAACAAAUAUUUUUCCAUUUUUCACACGUGUAUUUCACAAUUGAAGAGAAAUUAUUAAAAAAAUACAUUAAAAACAGUUCAAAGUUCUUAUAUUUCAUAAAAAAUGAAACAGAAAAAGAAACUAGCUGUCGGCUUAAGCCGGGAGGAGCGACAGGUCAUUGUUAUUGGUGAAAUCAUACAAGAACUUUUGCAGGCACACGAAGAAAAAAAAGAUGUAAAUCUUAAUCGUAUGAAAUCUAGAAUAUCCUCCAAAUAUGGUUUGGAAAGUUCACCCCGGUUGGUGGAUAUAAUUGCGGCAGUGCCGCAGGAUGCUAAAAAGAUACUACUACCAAAAUUAAGAGCCAAGCCCAUUAGAACAGCUAGUGGUAUUGCUGUAGUGGCUGUAAUGUGUAAACCGCAUCGUUGUCCUCACAUUAAUAUGACCGGUAAUAUAUGUGUUUAUUGCCCCGGUGGUCCAGAUAGUGAUUUUGAAUACUCCACACAAUCUUAUACGGGCUAUGAACCCACAUCUAUGCGUGCUAUAAGAGCCCGUUAUAAUCCAUUUCUACAGACGCGCCAUCGUGUGGAGCAACUCAAACAAUUGGGCCAUUCGGUAGAUAAGGUAGAGUUCAUUGUCAUGGGUGGUACUUUUAUGUGUUUGCCCGAAGAAUAUCGUGACUAUUUUAUACGUAAUCUACAUGAUGCUCUCUCUGGGCAUACCAGUGCCAAUGUAGCCGAAGCUGUACGAUAUUCAGAAAAAUCACGUACCAAAUGUAUUGGCAUUACCAUCGAAACUAGACCGGAUUAUUGUUUGAAACGUCAUAUAUCUGAUAUGUUGUCUUAUGGUUGCACCCGUUUGGAAAUUGGCGUACAAUCAGUGUAUGAAGAUGUGGCCAGGGAUACAAACCGCGGCCAUACCGUAAAAGCAGUUUGUGAAAGUUUUCAUUUAGGCAAAGAUGCUGGUUACAAAAUCGUUACACACAUGAUGCCUGAUCUACCAAAUGUUGAUUUUGAACGAGACAUUGAACAAUUUAUAGAAUACUUUGAAAAUCCAGCUUUUCGUUCAGAUGGUUUGAAAAUAUAUCCCACUUUAGUUAUACGUGGCACCGGUUUGUAUGAAUUAUGGAAAACUGGCCGUUACAAGUCCUAUCCACCUUCCAUGUUAGUGGAUUUGGUAGCCAAAAUAUUAGCUCUAGUGCCACCAUGGACUCGUGUAUAUCGUGUACAACGUGAUAUACCCAUGCCGCUGGUGAGUUCUGGUGUAGAACAUGGCAAUUUGCGUGAAUUAGCUUUGGCUCGUAUGAAAGAUUUGGGCACAGAAUGUCGCGAUGUGCGCACACGUGAAGUGGGUAUCCAGGAAAUACACAAUAAAGUUCGUCCUUAUGAAAUUGAAUUCAUACGUCGCGAUUAUGUUGCUAAUGGUGGCUGGGAAACUUUCCUCUCAUAUGAAGAUCCCGCCCAAGACAUUUUAGUGGGUCUCUUGCGUUUGCGCAAAUGUUCGCCGGAAACAUUUAGACCGGAGCUUAAAGAAGGUCAAUGUUCAAUUGUCAGAGAAUUGCAUGUAUAUGGAUCAGUGGUACCAGUUAAUGCUCGAGAUCCGACUAAAUUUCAACAUCAAGGUUUUGGUAUGUUGCUUAUGGAAGAAGCUGAAAGAAUUGCUAGAGAAGAACAUGGUAGCACAAAAUUGGCGGUUAUUUCUGGUGUAGGCACUAGAAAUUAUUAUCGUAAAAUGGGUUACGAAUUAGAUGGUCCUUAUAUGUCCAAGAAAAUUGUGUAAACAUCCGAGAAGUGUAUUGAUUCAUAGUUAUUUUUAUUACAUUAUUUUAACUAAAAGGUGAUAUCCUUUUUUUCGUUUAUUUUUUUUAAUUACUACUUAUGAAGUAAAAUUAAAAUUAAUACAAUAUUAUAAAUUAUGA